GGUGGGUAGAACACCUUGAAUUAAAACUGGCGGGUAACCUGGCUCGUUCCCCCGUGGUGGUGGGUGGAAACGCCAGCGGUGGUGGCAGUGGUGGUGGUGCAGGGAGUAAUAACGGGGGUGGAGGGGCCAAUAAUGCUGUACGGAAUCCACCGGUCGUCGAUGGUGCACAAGCGAGGGCAAUACUCGAAGUAUGGGAGGAGGCAGAUGGAUAUUCCUUCGAGGAUUCAGAUAGAUUUGAGGAGGACUCGCUGUGCAGCUGGAGCAGCGAGGCCGAAUCCCUCAUCAACAACUGGCGAGGAUGGAGACGACCGCCUGCUGGCUUUGGACUCUCUAAGAAACCCUCUGAAGGUCAACAAGUACCAACACUUUGCGAGCUGUCAGCCCGGUGUGUAGCGUCUCACAUUCCCUUCGAGCUUGUCGAGCACGUUUAUCCACCAGUUCCCGAGCAACUCCAGCUCAGGAUAGCCUUCUGGAGUUUUCCAGAUAAUGAGGAAGAUAUUCGUUUGUACUCGUGCCUGGCGAAUGGCAGUGCUGAUGAGUUUCAGAGAGGUGAACACCUCUUCCGUGGUCGUAGCGUCAAAGAGCCCCUUCAAAUAGGCUUUCACCUGAGUGCAAGCGUCAAUGUCCAAGGAUUUUCAGGGACCGGUGGUGAUCGUACCCAGUGCAAAGUCGCAGUGACAUUCGAUCGUCGUCGAAUAAUCUCAUGCAACUGCACAUGUCCAUCAACAGCUUACUGGUGUUCGCACGUUGUGGCAGUAUGUCUCCACCGAAUUCACAUGCCAACGCAGGUGUGUCUCCGAGCACCAGUCAGCGAGUCCUUGUCACGCCUCCACCGAGAGCAACUCCAGAAAUUCGCCCAAUACCUAAUAAGCGAAUUACCACAGCAGAUUCUGCCAACGGCGCAGCGUUUGCUGGACGAAUUGCUAUCAGCACAGCCAAGCGCAAUAAACAGCUAUUGCGGGGCACCAGAUCCCACAGCAGGUGCCUCGGCCCACGAUCAGACAUCUUGGUAUCUCGAUGAGAAGACACUUCACGGAAACAUCAAGCGAAUUCUCAUUAAAUUCUGCGUUCCAGCGCCCAUUGUUUUCAGCGAUGUGAAUUAUCUCAGUACAACAGCUCCACCAGCUGCCACAGAAUGGUCAUCACUUCUUCGUCCUCUACGAGGAAGAGAACCAGAGGGCAUGUGGAAUUUACUCUCGAUUGUUCGUGAGAUGUUCAAGCGGACUGAUCGCAAUGCCAUUCCACUGCUCGAGAUUAUAACCGAGGAGUGCAUGGCUUGCGAACAAUUUCUCGUGUGGUGGUUCAACACCAAAGUGGCACUUCUCAAUGGUACAGGCCAUGGUGGUGGUAAACACGGCAGCAUGAACAGCAAUGCUCAUGCCUCACAGCAUGCCUGCUCAUCGCUGUGCGACGAGAUCGUUGUCCUCUGGAGACUAGCAGCUUUGAAUCCAGGCCUUUCACCGUCCGAACGUGAAAUACUGCGUGGACAAUUUACAGCUUGGCACAUGAAGGUCGUGGAUAAAGUGUCCAAGAGUCGCGGUAGCUCGGUCACUCACAAUACACAGAAUAGAAAUCACGGUGGUGGACAAAAAGACUCUCUCAAGACGGAUAUCGAUGUAUUCACUGGAUUCAAACCUGCCCUCGAGGCAUGUUAUUUGGACUGGGAGGAGUACACACUCCCUGGAAUAACUUACACUGCUGGUAGCAAUCCUAUGUAUCACUGUCCCUUCACCUGCUUUCGUCACGCUGGCGACAGUAGAACCGAAGUCAAUCAGGUGAACUCAUCGGCAGCUGUUCUAAACUGUCAAGUACCAAAUUCUCAUCAUCACAGCCGACGUCCUCACAUGGGGCUCGUUGAAUUCAGCUACAUGGAGAGAAAGUGCUUGAAUAAUCGAGAAUUUCCUGGAUUCUGCUCGAGAAAUCCUAACAAUGCACCAGGACCCAGCAGCGGUGCCAAUAAUACGAGUGGCGGAGGCGAUGGAAAUCGAUCGAGUGUCAGCUCCGAGGGUUUCUGUGAGAAUGAUGGCGAUAUGUUUCCACUGCCACCACCUGUUGUCCUAGUGAGACGUGGCUACGGUGAAUUGAAUGGCGAUACUGACUCUCAAGAGGGUGGUGGAAGUGAUUUGUCGUCCAAUAGCAAUUCAAGUAUGAAAAACGCUCAAGAUUCAGAUAAGCAUCGCUCAAAUGCCUCGUUCAGUGAUAGUAGUGAUAGUAGUAAUAAUAUUGAAGCUGUACCGAGCACUUCUAAUACACCACCAAAAGCGUCCACAUCGAAGGACAACAAGGAUCCAUCGAGACGGCCCUCCAAAGACGAAUCAUCAUCGUCUAGCUCUGACAGUCCAUCGGGGGAUGAGUACAAUUUCUAUUACUAUGACCCAAAGGCAGCUGCAAGCCUCAAUGCCACCGAUGGAAAAGACAGUAAAGCUGACAGUCAAGGCAGUGCCAAUGCCAGUGCUGUACUUGGUAAUCUCAAGAAAACAGAGGACCCAUGGGAUGUUUUGUUUGCCAGGGCUGAAGGACUUUAUGCACAUGGGCACACCAGAGAGGCAUGCAUUCUUGGUGUACAGUUGGCUGAGGAACUUCUUUCUCAUCCACCCGAUCUGAUGGUUGAAGUGCCACCUGUUCCCGUCAAAUCCAAGAGAAAGAAACAGUCUGUCAAUCCUGCCUCUCAUCAGCUCACGUGUUUGGCUUCUGCCACUCUAGCCAAAUGUGGUUUUCUAUGCACGGUACUUGCUGAAAAUCCUGAGCAUCACAAUCUUGCAUUUAGGGUGGGACUUUUUGGAUUGGAGAUGGCCAGACCUCCAGCCAGCACUAAACCCCUGGAGGUAAAGCUAGCGCAUCAGGAGAGCGAGCUCGUUGGACUCCUUAAAAGAAUUCCUCUUGGUCCCCCUGAGCUCUCUAUGCUGAGACAGAGGGCUGAACAGCUCAGAGAUGGUGUUCUACGUUCUCGAGGUCAUGCACUGCUACCCAUUAUGUUGGCUAGUCUAAUUUUUGAUGCCCUUAACACACCCAGAUUGAAGGGCGACUGGUCGGUGUUGACCAGUGAUAAUGAUGAGAAUCUUGGAUUCGAUGCUGCUGUCGCUGCACUCGGGUUGAAGGCUAAUGUCAGCGAGGCGGAUCAUCCUUUGCUUUGCGAGGGCACCAGGAGACAAAGGGGAGAUCUAGCCAUCACGCUUCUUGUGCAUUACAAGGACGAGCCCACCAAGUUAGCUAAAAUUAUGGACAAACUGUUGGAUCGAGAGGUUCAUCAGUUGAUUAAGUCACCUAUUGUUAGUAGCUAUUAUAGCUCGAAUCCUCCAACCACAAGCCAGUUGGCUGGGUUCAGACGAGCAAAAGCUUGUUCCUCACCCCUAUCAUCGAAAGACGCAACAAUGUCAGAUAAUCUAGCCGGCACAAGCUCACGUCCCCACAGUAGUACAAGUGCCGAGCUAGAGGCUGGUAUGAGUGCACUGACAGUGCAGCCUCAGCCAUCCCAGGCUCCAGUAUCAACCCGAACGAAGGAAACGAGGUUAGGCAGGUACAAGAGCAAGAAAGUGUAUCCUUCAAUACCAAAUCAACCGUCAGAAGCAGGGGCUCAUUUCAUGUGUGAACUAGCAAAGACUGUUCUGCUGAAGGCAGGUGGUACCUCGUCAACAUCUCUCUUCACUCAAGCCUCAACGAGCCAAAAUCAUCAUGGACCCCACAGAGCCCUCCACAUGUGUGCCUUCCAGAUAGGUCUGUACGCUCUGGGUCUUCACAACUGCGUCAGCCCAAAUUGGCUGAGUAGAACGUAUUCAUCCCACGUCUCGUGGAUAACAGGACAGGCAAUGGAAAUAGGUGCCCCAGCAAUUUGGUUUUUAAUUGACAGUUGGGAGGGUCAUCUGACGCCCCCAGAGGCAGUCAGCAUUGCUGACAAAUCAUCGCGUGGAAGUGAUCCAAAUAUGGUACGGGCAGCAGCAGAGCUCGCACUCUCCUGUUUACCCCACGCUCACGCUCUCAAUCCCAACGAGAUUCAACGAGCAAUUCUCCAAUGUAAAGAGCAAUCGGCAGUGAUGCUUGAAAAAGCCUGCAUAACCGUGGAAAACACAGCUAAAGGGGGCGGAGUGUAUCCGGAGGUGCUCUUCCAGGUUGCUAAAUACUGGUAUGAGCUGUAUUUGAGGCACACACCAGGUGGAGAGCAGCAGGACGAGAUUCCGCAUGAGAAUCUCCAGCUGGAUGCCAGUGGUGGACUUCUAGUGGAGCCAGGACCACCAGUGGAUCUUAAUGCAAGCCAGAUGAUGCCUCAGCCACAGGCGGUUGUCACAAGUGCACAGCCACCCCAGCCCUAUCCUCCUCACCCAACAAUUACAACUCUGGUGCCUGGGGUUGGCCUACCCUAUCCAGUGGGUCCUUACAGUUUCGUUCAUCCACUCCACCCGAUGCCCACCUUUGGGGGACCUAUGCCCCCUCAUAGAGUAGCACUACCACCUCCUCCCCACAUGCAGAUGUAUCACGCUGCUAUUCCACCGCACCCACCCCAUCCACCUCAUCAGCCUCAUCAACCCCUUCCACCCCAUCCUGGACAUCCACAACACCCCCGGCAUCCACCACCUGUCACUCAACCCCCAACAGUCCAGCAAUAUUAUGCACAGCCCACUGUCACAACCGUCAACGUUCAUCCUGGCCCUGGAACUCAUCACAUGUUCACCAUGCAGCAGCCAAUGGCUGUCAAUGUCCAGCCAGAGCACAACAUGCCACAGAUGGUGCAGCCACAGCCCAUCAUGAGUACUGUGCGACCUCAGCCACAAGUCCAUCGACAGAGCCCUCACCAGAUGAGGGCUCUCGUUGCUGCUUACCGAGUUGGAAUGCUUGCACUUGAAACUCUUGCCAGGAGAGUUCAUGAUGAUAGACCUCAGGCUAAAUAUGCCAGAAAUCCACCCUAUGGUGAAGAUGUCAAGUGGCUACUGAGAAUAUCCAAACGACUGGGAACUCAGUGCUUUCAUCAGCUGUGCAUUUGCACGGUCAAUAGCAUUGUCAGUCCUUUUGUUCUUCAUGAUGUCGCUCUCGAGGCUGCUAAUUACUUGUCCAGGAGCAAUCCCGCGUUAUUCAUUCAAAAUCUUAGGUCUGCUGUUCUUGCACCACUGGUUCAUAAGUGCCAGCAAAUGUAUAUUCAGUGUCUUCAUCACAAGUUGUACCAUCUUAUGACGGGGGAGUAUGAGGAGUUUGCGAGUGUUGUGUGCGCUGCCAGGGCUGCUUUUCAUAUUACACCGGAGGGACACACGCAGUUUAAAGAGUGGCUGCAGUCCAUGAAAAGGUCUCCGGCUUGCAACAAAGAACUGUGGGCUCAAAUAAACGCUGCACUCCAGGUAAAUGGCAAAUGACACAGAGCAGAGCCAGGCGUGACGUGGCUCACAUCUCAUCCCCAUCCACCACCUCAUUCUCAAGAAACAGCGACAGCAUUGCAUCCACAUCAGGCCCUUAUGAUACAGCAUCAACACAUCAUGGCCGCCAUGAACAACUUCGCCUGGGACAAGAUCACAAUACCGUGUAUUAUAGAUGGACAGUAUCAACACAGAUUGCCCGGUCGUCCGUCAUUAUCAUCACAAGUAGCGAUUUUACAGCGUGAUAAUGUCUCACGUGAGACAUUCGAUAAUAGAGAAGAAUGCAGUUGAUUAUCAUAAGUCAGUGUCCAUUGACGAAUCAAUUUUCAUUUCAUUUUUCUUGGGUCUCGAAAAAACUCCUGUUGGUCAUCUAUUUUCAAGCCCUGGACCAAUUCCUAAUCCUUCAUUCAUUCAUUUUUAAUCCCUCCAGGCAAAGAUGACGAAAAUUAUGGGAAACUGGAUGUCGUCGAGGUCCAGGAAAAUUGGAGAAUCCUUCGUCUAGUAUGAAGAGAGAAAAGAAUGGAAAAAUGCAAAAAAAAAAUGUAAUCUUGAGUUUUUUCCUUCGUCGAUGUCUGCUUUUCAGUUAUACACGAAUUGUAAAUCAAAAUGAAUACUCGAGCCAGGCAUGAAUUCCCAUAAUCGGCCACGAGAUAUUAUUAAAGCAAAUUAUAUAUCAUCGAUUAUUCCGAUGCAUCAGAAUCACUUCAUUUUUCGUAGUAGAAGGAAUAACUUCAUUAGCCUCGAUUAGAUAGUAAAUUUUAUUUCGCCUAUAGAUAGGAUGAAUUUUUCACGCAUCUUCGAGUAGUUUUUCUCUAUAUCCCGUAGUUUUUUGUUUGUUUCGAUUUUUGUGACAAGAAUUUAGUACCGAAAGCACUAUUUAUGUAGCGAAAAAAAAAAUAUAUAACUGGCGAGAAUGCCACACGUAUGAGAACAGACAAAAUAUAGAACAGAUAUUUACUCGAAUAAUUACAUCGAAAUUUUUAUAUGAAUUGAAGGAAUAAUGUGAAAAAAAAAAUUAAUGCCAAUCGAUUAACAUUUUUUGCGUUAUUUUCAGUUGAACUUUAAUCAAUUUGUACACAAUACCCUCUAUUUUAUUUUCAAUGAGAUGAAACAAUAGAUUUUUGUUUUUAUUUAACGCACAACAUUGUAUCCAUCACAUAGUUGUUUCUGUUCUGUCAUUCCCGACACCAAUCCAUCAUGGAAAUGAUCUCUUUAAUUAUUAAUUCUAUAUUAGUUUGAUUUUGAUUUAAAUAAAAAACUUAAUGGAAAACA